AUGAUGAAUGUACCCUUCCCGUCAUUUCUACCUUAUUCAUCAACAUUUGCACUUUUCAAUGAACUUACAACAAAACUUAAACAACACUCUCAUAUUACACAAUAUAAUAAUAGUACACUGUCAACUGAGAGCUAUGAUUCAUUAUCUGAAAAAGCUUUCAAGAAUAGUAGAUCUCCAUGUUUCAAUUCGAUGAUCGAUAAGCCUACUAAUUGUUAUACAGAUUUUGAAGAUAAGCAACUAACACUUCCUUUAAAUAAUAAUUUUCCUCAAAAUUAUAAUAACAAUGAAAGUAAAGAUACGAAUGAUAAUAUUGAACAGUAUUCAUUUGAACUUGAAAAGUCUGGCACUGGUUUUGAAAGUUCAUCGGUUCAAGAUUUCCAACGACUUGAAAAUCAGUACUAUCCAUUUCAUGUAAAUCAUGAACAAUCAAAUCAUUAUAAUUCUUUAUCUCGACUGGACAAUUCAUCAUUGAAUACAGAAAUAGGAAAAUUCAAUAGUAAAAUAACAAAUAAAAGGAAUAUUACGAGCAUACAAACUUUUAGCGGUAAAAUGAAUUCAACUAAUGAAGAAAUAACUAACAAUCAAAAACAAUUAAAGCCACCAUGUGCAUCGAUUAAACUAGAAACUGGAUUAGCCAUUGACGAGUCAUUAACUAAACCUAAACAUUCAUUAUGUUUAUCACAUCGAAAGAAUCAAAAAUCUGUUGAAAUAAAUCAUACAAACGAUGAAUUUACGAAUGAAAUGCAAGAACAACAGUCAAAGCGUUAUCGAACUAGUUAUUCACAAAGACAAAUUGAAUUGUUGGAAAAAACCUACCGAUUAGAUCGUUAUAUUAAUCGACCUCAAAGAGCUAAAUUGUCCGUUGAAUUGAAUCUACCAGAGAAUACAAUCAAAGUUUGGUUUCAAAAUCGGCGAAUGAAAGAGAAACGUCAAGCUCUUAUGUUACCAACUGUUGCAGGUAAAGAUCCCUAUUUAAGAGAAACCCUUCUCAGAGUGACGCAGUUAUAUUGUGCAACACGUUACGGAGAUGAAUCACCUAUUGCAGGAGUUACAGAGUUUCACUCAAAAUUCCCACAAAACAAAAACGUUUCUGGUGAAAUUUCUAAACGAAUAAGAACAUCAUUUAAUCCAGCAACAGUAACAGCUGGAUUAUCCGAUAAAACCAGUCACAAUGACCUCAAACCACAGAGUUUGGCGAAGAAAUCAUGGGAUAAGGAGUCGUCUACUGCAGUAACCAAUAACACAAAUAAAUUCAAACAAAGUGUAAUGGAACAAGAAAAUAUGAAUAAUCAGCCAAUUAAAAACUAUAGCAAAUGCUCGCCAAAAACCAUGAACAAACAAAUCAUAUCAAAGAGACAUGAAAAUGAAGUUGCAACUCAUGGAGAUUCUAAUCUAAAAUUUCUGAAUAACGCUCAACUUUCCAGUAAUACUACUAGUAAUAAAAAUGUUGACAUUACCAAAUGGACAGAGAUUUCUCAUCCACUGAAUCUUUCAACUUCAUCAGCCAGUAGUGAUGAAAGCCAUUUAAUGUUUGAAGAUCCUUCUUUUCAAACAAAACAAAACUGUCCUAACUUAUUCUCAACAUUUCCAUUCGUGCAUAGUACAUCGUUAUCAAUGCUGGGUUAUCAUAAUGAACCGAUUAUCUCAUCUACAACAUCUUCACAAAUAAAUUCAUUCUAA